AUGGCAUGUGAAGACACCUCGAAAGAAUUACCAUUUCCGUCAUGGGGAUCGGAUUCAGCUUACGACUAUCCAUCUCUACUAGAUGAAGCAGUGGAAAGCUUAGAAAUUGCCAGCCCAACAUCUACAGAGAACGGAAGCCAAAAAUUCGACUCACCUCCCGAAGCUGGGGCCACAAAACCAGUGUGCAAGUCCAGAAAACGUGGUCGACCCAGAUUGAUUCGUGACGAUCGUCGUGAGGCAGACCUUAAAGAGCGGCGAAAAGAUCAAUUACGACUUGCACAACGAGCAUACCGGUCCCGGAAAGAAGACCAAAUAACAAUGCUAAACAAGAAGGUAGCAGACCUGGAGCAGAAGCUAUUCCUCCUCCGCAAUCUCUACCUCAACACUUGCGCCACAUCCAUGAACUCCGAUGUCCUAAGGGAAUGGCCCACGAACUCGAAAUCACCGCAAGACAGCUUGGAACUACUUACUCCCAACAGCGGUAUCGACGAAGCUUCAAUAGCGGCCUACGGUGGACACGCGAAAUCUAUUCCUUCUAUACCAGUCGGCGAGUCGUAUCCUCUUUUUGAAAUGAAUAAUCCUCUGCGUCCGGAAAUGUCGCCGAUUGGUCUUCUGGAUAUGCCUUAUCUACUCUUCAAUGAUAAUAAUUAUGUGGGUGGUACGCCUGCUUGGCGAGUGAGAUACAGUGACCAUUCGAACGAUAUCCAAAACAACGCCGACUACCUUUUGGGGUUACCAAUGUGAUUCUGCAGCGGAACAUUAAUUAGUU